CUCUCUAUUGUCGCGAUCAGGACCAGGUGUGGGUCGACGAUAACCGUGUUGGACUCCUGAGCAGCUCAUCAUAUACGACACACGAUGAGCGGUGCAAAAUCUAUGGCCGCGGCCUUGUCCGCGUCUUUACCGGCUCCUGUCCGUGCAAAGACUCCUCAGCCCGUCCAACAGAGCAACGAAGCCAAAGUUCCUCAACGGAUGGAAGGCGUCUUGGAUGUCGAAGCGGAGAGGGACAUUGAGAGUGUCAAGCUCAACUCUUUGGUAUUCCUCAAAAUGAUGAAACACUCUACCGACAAUUUGCCUCCUCCUCCUUCUGCGAGCUUUCAACAGGAUCGAAAUGCUCCUCCUCCGACUGCUCUAUCAUCUCAUCCCGAUGCUACAGGUAUAUUGCUCGGUCUAGACCUUGACGGAGUAAUGGAAGUCGAAGACUGUUUUGCCUUACCGGCCGGUGAAACAUCCCUCGGAGCCAACUCGUAUUCCUCUCGUCUGGUUGCUCAUCUUCGGAGCGUUCAAACACCCGAUUCGGCCGUUGGAAUCUACCUGUCAACGCACAAUGGUGGUUUCGCAACCCGCGCUGCCAUCGACCUUUUGAUAUCGAUUGAGCGCAUUACAAAACGUGGACGAGCCGUCUUGGUCAUUCAUGACCAAUCUGCAGCUCCUGCUGGUGAUCUCAGUGUCAGAGCAUACCGUUUGAGUGAAGGCGCUUGGGAGGCUGCUAAGACUGCCAAAUGGGACACUGCGGUUCUGUCUGAGAACAAAAUCACAGCUGCCAACAUGCUCUCUCCUCUUCCCGUGACCAUCUCGACUCCCUCUCUUCUCAACGCUCUCCUCGCCACCCUCACAGCCCCAGCAUCUACUUCCUCCUCCUCUUCCGUCCUUGGCGAGCCUCGCUCACCCUUUCCACCGACAUUCUCGGCUCUCACAAAUCCCUUGCCCGCAUCCCUCCCGUCCUACCUUUCCGACACCCUCGACGCUCUCACUCUGCAUUCCCACGAGGCCAACAAUGUGGCGUAUCUUGUUCGUCAGAUUGGUCGAGAAAAGGCAAAGCACGAGCAGACGAUCAAGGAUCGCGAAGAGGAGAAUUUGAGAAGGAGAAAACAGGGCUUGUCAGAGCUGCCACCGGUCGGUGAGAUGCGGGGCGGUAUCAAAGAUCCCAACAGGUUGGAAUUGUUGUGCCUUCAAGGUCAAGUGGAUGGAUUGGCCAAAGGCAUGAGCGCGGAAGCUGGCAAGGGUUUGGUCAGGUGUUACCUGUAAGAUAGAUUUCGUAUGCAGUCGAAUUGCAGCGCUGGCUGGCUGUGGAUACUGGAUAUAGAUACGGAUGUAGCUGUGAGAUUUGCGAAACUGUCAGGCAUCGGCCCGGCUUGUUCGGAGACGCCGCCAAUUCGGAAUGGACUGAUUUUUUUUAUUUUUCCAAAAUCAAUCCGAAGAUUAUC